GAGCUGAGCAGGUUAUUUCUUCAGAUAAGUUCGAUCAACAACCUUCGACUCUCACAACAGCAAACACGCACACAUACACAAAUAAUGUCUCAGGCAAAGGAUCAGGUCCCUCCUCCACGCACAAGUAUGUCGCAUCUAAUCACAGGCGUAGAUGGAUACGUUCCCCCUGACGGUCGCACAGCCAGUGAGCUGUUCAACGGUGACACAGGAUUGACAUACAAUGACUUCCUGUUGCUGCCUGGAUUCAUUGAUUUCGCUGCGGGUGAUGUGUCUCUAAACUCGCCGCUGACCAAGCGCAUCCAACUGAACACGCCGCUGGUGAGUUCACCUAUGGACACGGUCACUGAGGGGAAAAUGGCCAUCCACAUGGCACUGUACGGAGGAAUUGGUAUCAUCCACCACAACUGCGAUGAAGACUACCAGGCCAAGGAGGUGCGAAAGGUGAAGAAGUUCGAGUCCGGAUUCAUUCUGGACCCCGUCACUCUGCGCUCCACAAACACCAUCAAGGAUGUCAUGGACUGCAAGGCGACGAGAGGGUUUGGAGGAAUCCCCGUCACCGAGAACGGCAAGAUGGGCUCGAAACUACUGGGUAUGGUCACGUCACGUGAUGUCGAUUUCUUCGGCGAGCACGAGUGGGAGAAGACGCUUGGUGAGGUGAUGGUGCCUGCGUCUGAGCUAGUUGUGGGCCCCGAAGGCUCGACCUUGAAGGAGGCACACGUCAUUCUACAACAGAGCAGAAAGGGUAAACUUCCCAUUGUGGACGAGGACUUCAACCUGCUUGCGCUCGUGUCGCGAACUGAUCUGAAGAAGCACAGAGAUUUCCCUCUAGCGUCAAAGGACCAGAACAACCAGUUGCUGUGUGGUGCUGCCAUCAGUACACGCGACGAAGAUAAGCCACGUCUCGCUAAGUUGGUGGAAGCCGGUCUGGAUGUUGUUGUCCUCGAUAGUUCUCAGGGCAAUUCCAUCUACCAGAUCGACAUGAUCAAGUACAUCAAAGGGACAUACCCCGACCUGGAAGUCAUCGCAGGAAAUGUCGUGACAGCCUCGCAGGCGAAGAAUCUCAUUGACGCCGGUGCGGAUGCCCUGCGCGUGGGCAUGGGAAGUGGAUCUAUCUGCAUCACUCAGGAAGUCAUGGCUGUGGGCCGACCUCAAGGUACGGCCGUUUACAAGGUCGCCGAGUAUGCGCGUCGAUUUGGUGUGCCAGUCCUUGCGGACGGUGGCAUCACGUGCGUGGGACACAUCACUAAGGCUCUGUCUAUCGGUGCGUCUACAGUCAUGAUGGGCAGUAUGUUGGCUGGAACCAACGAGGCGCCCGGAGAGUACUUCUUCAUGGACGGGGUUCGUCUUAAGAGAUACAGAGGUAUGGGAUCGCUUGAAGCUAUGUCGCAUAGAUCCGGUGCGUCGGCACAGAGCCGUUACUUCUCCGAAGAUUCCGGUGUAAAGGUAGCCCAGGGUGUUUCAGGAGCCAUCCAAGACAAGGGAAGUAUCACUAGUUUCAUUCCGUAUCUCAUCACCGGCAUGAACCACGGCUGCCAGGACAUCGGCUGCACCUCGUUAACAAAGCUGCGUGCCAUGAUGUAUUCCGGAGAGCUCAAGUUCGAGAGACGCACGCACGCUGCCCAGUCCGAGGGAGGAGUGCAUAGUCUGCACACCUACGAGAAGCGUUUGUAUUAGACGCCCCUGCACACAUAUUCGAGCACAGAGGCAGGCGCUGGCUGGGUAGCCUAUCUAGGUACCUGUUAACUCGGUGAGCUCGUCUGCCAAUUACCCCCAACCGUCUUAUGGGUGAUAUGGAUCUCCGUCGUGCUCUGGCCCCCACCCGUUUUAUGGGCUAGCAGGACGUAAAUUUUAGUACAGUCUGUAUGAAUAAAUAGUACAAAAAAGUACCGGC